AUGCUGACAUCUCGCUAUGUUGCUCGAUUGGGUGGUGUCCGUGGACUUGUCUCUGCCGCCCUGUCAUCGCAACCACGCCAUGACGUCGAAGGACAUCCACCUCCUCCAGUAACGCAACUAAGCGAGCAUGAACUACAGUUGCAAGAUACUGUAAGACGUUUCUCUCAAAAUGUGGUCAAACCGCUGGUACGCGAAAUGGACGAAAAAUCACAUAUGCAUCAAUCUGUGAUUACGGGAGUAUUUGAAAACGGGUUCAUGGGAAUCGAAGUCCCCGAAGCUUAUGGUGGGCCAGGGACGUCAUUUUUUGAUGCUAUUAUUGUCAUCGAGGAAUUGGCUAAGGUCGAUCCUGCAGUAUCCACGUUCGUUGAUCUUCAAAACACACUCGUUUUACCAUUGAUUCUGGAAUUAGGUACAGAAGAACAAAAGCAAAAAUACCUACCGAAAGCCUGCACAGAGUGGAUCGGUUCAUUUUGUCUUUCUGAAUCCGGAUCAGGAUCUGAUGCCUUUGCUAUGAAGACCGUCGCCAAGAAAGACGGGGAUGAUUUUUUGAUAAAUGGAUCGAAACUAUGGAUUACCAGUUCCAGCCAUGCCAAGUUCUUCCUGGUGUUCGCAAACGCUGAUCCUUCAAAAGGGCACAAAGGCAUUACAUGCUUCUUGGUGGACAGAGACCAACCGGGAAUAACUGUGGAUAAAGAAGAGAACAAGUUGGGAAUUCGAGCUUCAGCCACAUGUCCAGUCUAUUUUGAAAAUGUGCGAGUGCCCAAGUCUGCUAUACUUGGUGAAUACGGAAAAGGCUAUAAAUAUGCCAUUGAAUGUUUAAAUGCUGGUCGAAUCGGCAUAGGCGCUCAAAUGGUUGGUUUGGCUCAGGGAUGUUUUGAUGCCACCAUACCCUAUCUUCAAGAACGGAAACAAUUUGGAUCACGAUUAAUUGACUUCCAGUAUUCCUUGAAUUGCAGGGUCUGCAGCACCAGAUCGUUACUGAAGGGUGCAUUAGCAUCCUCACACAUGGAUCUCUACAAAAUGACCUGUUUUCAGGAGAACAACAUUCCCUUCGUUAAACAGGCUGCUAUGGCAAAACUUUACGGAUCACAGGUAGCAUCUGCAGCCACUUCAAAAUGCAUCGAAUGGCAUGGUGGGGUGGGUUUCACAAAGGAGUACCCAGUGGAAAAGUUCUACAGAGAUGUCAAAGCAGGUACGAUCUACGAAGGAACAUCAAACAUUCAACUGAAUACUAUUGCCAAACUGAUAGACCUUGAGUAUAAGGGACAUACCUGA